CUCUAAAAAGUAUCCCAUCAGGACCCCGGAGGAGACUCUGUGUGUGUGAAGGGUAGGAUAAAAAAAGUUCUUCCAAAAUAGUGUGCACGGGGAAGAGGAUGGGGGAUUUUGCAGCCCCCGCUGCCGCCGCGAAUGGCAGCAGUAUCUGCAUCAACAAUAACCUGAACAGCAGCCUCGGCGGGGCCGGCGGUGCCGGUAUCGGGGUUAACAGCACUCCCCACGGUCCUCCUCCUCCUCCUGCCGCGGCUCCCGGUAACAAUAACGCCAGCAGCGGCGGCAUUCCCAAGCACAGCACGGUGGUGGAGCGGCUGAGGCAGCGCAUCGAGGGCUGCCGGCGGCACCAUGUCAACUGCGAGAGCAGGUACCAGCAAGCCCAGGCGGAGCAGCUGGAGCUGGAGCGCAGGGACACGGUGAGCCUGUACCAGCGGACCCUGGAGCAGCGGGCCAAGAAAGCGGGCACCGGCGGCAGCAAGCAGCAGCAUCAGAGCAAACAGCAGCAAGAUGCCGAGCCUGCCGCGGCGGAGCAGAGGAACCACACUCUGAUCAUGCUUCAAGAGACAGUGAAAAGGAAGUUGGAAGGUGCACGUUCACCUCUCAAUGGCGAACAGCAGAAUGGAGUUUGUGAUGGGAGCUUUUCUCCAACCAGCAAGCGGAUACGGAAGGAUGUACCAGGCAUUGAGGCAAUCAACAGCUUGCCCAAUAACUUGCCUUUGCCCGCUGUUUCUCCUCUUCACCAGCUUGAUAUGAAAGCUCCCCUGCAGAACAGUGGAACUCAUAAUAGCGGUCUAGAAGACUUGGGUAAGAACGGUGGGCUUUCUGAGAUAAAGCUCCCCAUUAAUGGCUGCAAUGAGCUAGAUGAUAGUUUUAAUAUCCUGCAGAACAAGGAGCUAAAGCAAGAGCCUUUGGAUGACCCCAGCUGCAUAGACACUUCGGAAACAUCUCUUUCAAAUCAAAACAAGCUCUUCUCAGACAUUAACCUGAACGAUCAAGAGUGGCAGGAGCUAAUAGAUGAACUAGCAAACACUGUUCCAGAAGAUGAUAUACAAGAUUUGUUCAAUGAAGACUUUGAAGAGAAGAAGGAGCCAGAAUUUCCCAGGCCUGCCACAGAGACUCAAGAGAGCGCAAGUGUGAAAAGCGAUCCAUCUCAUUCUCCAUUUGCUCACGUCCCAUUAGGGUCUCCCCAGGUGAGACCUUCUUCUUCUGGUCCUCCAUUUUCAAACGUCUCCACAGCCUCUAGCAUAGCUUCUGUGUCCAGUGCCCCGCCAGCCCCAAUCCCUGCCGGGUCACCAGGAAACUGUGUUGUUCAAUCACCUCAAACUCCCAGUCAGGUCCACACUCCAGGGCAGACGCAGGCACGGUCUGGAAACGGCUAUCUCAUGAAUCCAGCAGCAGCUGUGGCGGGAUCAGGACCUGGGCCUGUGAAUAUGCCAAGUGCUGACUUGUCUCCUGCUGAACAGCUCAAGCAAAUGGCUGCCCAGCAGCAGCAGAGAGCUAAGCUCAUGCAGCAGAAGCAGCAGCAGCAUCCAAAUCAAGCCUCAAGCUGGUCACCUGCAGGCCCUCCAUCUAGUCCAUAUGGAGGACCCUUCAGCGCUGACAAACCAAAUAGUCCAAUGAUGUAUCCCCAAGCCUUUAACAACCAAAAUCCAAUAGUGCCUCCUAUGGCAAACAAUCCACAGAAGACCACAAUUAAUAACUACCUCCCUCAAAAUCACAUUAAUAUGAUCAGUCAGCAGCCAAAUAACUUGGGCACAAACUCCUUAAGCAAACAGCCCAACAUGCUUUCUUACGGCAACACCAAACCUCUGACCCACUUCAAUGCUGAGCUGAGUCAGAGGAUGACCCCACCAAUGCCAAAUCCCAGCAAGAACCCUAUGAUGCCGUACAUCCAGCAGCAGCAGUCCCAGCAGCCCCAGUUGCAAGCUCAGAUGGCACACCUGAGCGAGGAACAGAAACGUAUGCUCAUCAUGAAGCAGAAAGGAAUGAUGAAUCAGUCCAUGGCAUAUGCAACACUUCCUUCCCUUGGUCAGGAACAGCAUCAAGUGGGAUUGUCCCGGGCCACCGGGCCUAUGCAGCCUUCUGUGCCAGCGGGCUCCAGCGGCGUUGUCACAGGCACAAGCUCUGGUGGUCCCUUCCUGGGAAACCAACCUCAAGCAGCCAUCAUGAAGCAGAUGCUGAUUGAGCAGAGAGCCCAGCUCCACGUGAUAGAGCAGCAGAAGCAGCAGUUUCUACGAGAGCAAAGGCAGCAGCAGCAGAUCCUAGCAGAGCAGCAGUUGCAGCAGCAGUCACAUUUGCCUCGGCAGCAUCUGCAGCAACAGCGGAGCCCGUAUCCGGUGCAACAGGUCAAUCAGUUCCAAGGUUCUCCACAGGAUAUAGCAGCUGUGAGAAACCAAGCAGCACUCCAGAGCAUGAGGACGUCCCGAAUGAUGGCCCAGAACGCGAGCAUGAUGGCAAUGGGUCCCUCCCAGAACCCCAGCACGCUGUCCACGACUGCAGGCCAGUCAGACAUGGGCAUGGCUCCUUACAGCAACGCCUCUUCCAGCCAGCCGGGAAUGUACAGUAUGAGCACAGGGAUGAGCCAAAUGUUGCAGCACCCAAACCAAAGUGGCAUGAACAUGGCACACAACACGGGCCAGGGGACGAGGCAGCCUGCCUCUGGACAACCAGUGGGAAUGGUGGGCAGUUUUGGUCAGAACAUGCUGGUAAACUCUGCUCUUCCCCAGCAUCAGCAGCAGAUGAAAGGACCAGUGGGCCAGGUCCUACCCAGGCCACAAGCACCACGACUUCAAAACCUGAUGGGCGCUGUCCCUCAGGGAACACAGAACUGGCAGCAGCGAGGCUUGCAAGGGAUACCGGGAAGGACUAGCGGUGAAAUGGGGCCCUUCAACAAUGGCACAACGUACCCGAUGCAGUCUGGGCAGCCACGGCUGUCCAAGCAACACUUCUCACAGGUGCUUAAUCAGACAGUUGUGGACACAAGUGGAACAGUAAGAGCCCUGAACCCAGCGAUGGGACGACAGUUGCUGCAGCAGCUACCUGGGCAGCAAGGAGCCAGCCAGGCCAGGCCGCUGGUGAUGCCUGCAAUAAGCCAGGGGGUCCCCACAAUGUCUGGCUUCAGUCAGACCCCGACACAGCAAAUGCCAGGUGGUAACUUUGGUCAGAGCAGCCAAGGCCAGGCCUACGAAAGGAAUCCCACUCAGGACAUAUCUUACAACUACAGCAAUGAAGGAGCAGGGGGGUCCUUCUCCAGCUUAGCAGAGGGUGCAGACCUUGUGGACUCCAUCAUUAAGAGCGGACCAGGGGAUGAGUGGAUACAAGAACUCGAUGAGUUGUUUGGAAACCCCCAAUGAAUGGGCUUGUAUAGUCUAGAGCUUUGGUUGUUACGUUUGAAAAAAGAAAAGAGAGAGGUGGAUGUUCUCCCCAUCCUUGGAUUGUUGGGUUUUCUGUUUGAAUUGGUUUGGGGUUGUUGUGUUUUCUUUUGGUUUUAAUCGUGCAAACUGAGCUGAUCUGUAGCCAACUUUGGAAGAUUCAGGGGACAAUGAAAACAUUGGCGUCCCAAGACUUCCACCAAGCAAUCUCUGUUGCCUGGCAGCACCUGCUCUGUGUGUGUGAGGGGACAGGAUGGGGAAACUGGAAAAGCCAGCUGAUGCCUCUAAUUGGGAAAAUUCGGUCUUUCCCCACGGAAACGAGGCUUCAUUGCACAGUGAUAUGGCGUGCUCCAGAUACCUCCCACCUCAUGUAACUGUAAACUCUGCAGCUUUCAGGGGAGCAGAUGAAAACAGCUGGGAGCAAAGCUUAGAGAUGUCCAUGGGCGAUUGCACAGGCCCUGGUCAGAAAUGGGCUUGACCUGGGGGGUAAGCAGGGCUUGGUGAGCCAUGGCCAGGCCCACAGGGCCAGCACUGGGCUGUCAGAAGGGAAUGUGCAGCACACACGUGACAAAGCUAAGCAGUCACAGGGAGGUCACCAUUUUGACUGCAGAGUGAUAAAAAUCCCAUAAAAGUGUAGGAGGCUAUAAAUUUGGCAGUGUGGUGAGGACAGUUUGAUUAUGGGAGUGCUGCUGGAGACGGCCUAGGUGGGUGGGUUAACUUCAUGAGCUAUUUGGUCCCCUCAGGACUUGCAGUAGAGCUUCCUUGUCAGAGCAUUUUGGUGUGUAUCUGCUGCCUGGGGAUGAAGAACAGCAGCUAUGAAUGAUAUUAAAGGGCUAAGAGGUACCAAGAGACAUCAGUGUAAGUCCUAAGCAGGUCUUUCUCUCUCCCUAUUCCCCAGUAUGUUUUCAGUUCACUUUCUUCCUCUUCUACUCUUCAGUGUAAAACAAGGUGAGCUGGCUGCACUUUUCUCAGGUGAGCAAAAACUGCCACUAAGGGGCAGGGAGGGGAGGAGAAAAGAGGCACAAGAAAAUGCACAGGGAGAGGUUGGCAUGCAGGAUGACUUUAUCCUCUGCUCUUGAAAAGUGCAAAAUUGGCAGGUAGCAUUAUUACUCUGGGGUGUCUGGGCUCUCGUAGUGAUGUUGUAUGCAACCUGAUCUUCAGUUUUAAACAGAUGUUUGGUCUAACCUCUCUGGUUUGCUGGAAUAAAAGUCAUUGCAGUAUUUGAAGAACAGGAACCAACAAAGGACUACUGUAAAGAUCAUUCAGAAAUGGGUAAAAUAAUUGGUGUAGUUGUUGCAAACAUGGGGUCUGCCCAAAUAAGCUUUUAGGUAAUAGCAACAUAUCACUGUCUCCACUGUGUGGACCUGUGCUGAGCAGCACCUUAAUGAAGUUGUGGUAUUUCUUGCACAAUAUUGAGACACCAGCCAUUCUGAAUGUCGAAAGCAGCAGCUCACAAGCUGCAGUCUGAGGCUGAGGUAAGCUGUCCUCUGAAACCCAUCACCUUUUGAAUGUCUUCAGCUGAGAGCUGCUUAUCAGGUUAUAUAGUGGUGCAUAAAAAAUGUUAACAUGAACCACAGCCCCAAAUGUCUGGGAACCUCUGGCCUGAUGGUGUCCUCUGUGAGCCAUAAGAUGUGCUCUGCAGUGAAGUGUCUGGUGUACAGCUACCAGUACCAACUACCCGGCUACUGGUGCUGCUGCUCUUUGUGCGCUGCUCUCCUUGGGCCCAGGGACACCAGGUGCUGAGCCACUGAAAUCCACAGGAGCUGAGGGGCUUGGCACCUUGCAUUCUGAGCCCUGCCUUUCCCUGUGGAGCACAGAUAGUAUCACAUUAAGGAGUGGGAGCAAAAUGGGCCUGGAACCUCUCAGUGCCCCAUUACAGUUCCUUUUUGUGCAGUAAGCCUGUGCAGGGCUUACAUAGACAAGGGGAAGUACCUGUUUUAAAUGCUCUAAUGUAGGCAGGACAAACUGCAUUUUUAACAUGGACUAGGUGGUCCAUGAGGUGAGCUUUCAAUCCAGCUUGCCCUGAUUGCUAGAUUUUUAAAAAAUGCUUAAGUUACAUCUUUUAGCUAACCCCUUUUUAAAAUACAGCACAAGGACCUAUUGCAGUUAUUUCUGAAGACAAUAUCCACUACUUCAGCAGGAGCUGGGCUGGGCCCUAAUUCAGUAAAAGAGAGCACCAGCCAAAGGUCUGGGUCCAUCUUGUGGGUAAGUGGCUCUUGGUUGGACUAGCCUGCACGGAAGGGACAGGCAAACAGUGAGAACUGGGACCCUGAAGGGAAAAGGGCACUGUGCACACGUGUGUGUCUGCAGGUGGGUGAGGGAGCGACAGGCUGGUGUGGCACAUACCUGUCCUGCCCCAUGUGACAGAGGCACAAUGGGAGGAGGAGGCAGCAAGGCCCUUGUGCUGGGGACACCGGGAAAUGAGGGUUUAGAAACACCCAAACUCCACGCGGCAGCCAAGUGCAGAUCCGUGUGCGGGAGGGAGAUACAGGCUUUGGUGAAUAUGUGGUGGUGAAGGCUGAGUCUCUUGUCUUUGUAAAGCUUCCUCCAAAUACUCUGUACUGGGACCAAGUACUAGAGAGGUAGAUUUUAAUAGAUUUGGGGUUGUGUUUUUUUUCUUUCUUUCUUACUAUGGUGCUGAUGUAUAUGUAAUGUUAAAAAAAAAGUUAUUUGUAAAUAUGUUUUUACAAUUCUACAGAUAUCACUGGGUCUACUAUCUGUAAAAUAUAUACAUAUAAAAAUAUAUAUAUAUACUGUUUGUUUAAAAUAGAGUAUUUUUAUUUCAUUCCUUAACUCAUCCUUACUGCAGUGGUAUUGCACUUCAGAUGAUGUCUAUUUACUAAUUUGUACUGUAUCCCUGACAGCAACUUGCUCCAUUUUAUUCAGAUUUUUCUAGUUUUCUGUUUUUACUUUGUACAUUAAGCAUUGCUUAUUUCCUUUUAAGACCUGUACAGAGCUCUGAAAAUGUAGAAAAAGACCUGAUGUUAACAUACCACUUUUAAAGAAAAAACAAAACAAAACAAAAAAUCAAAUAAAAGAUGGUUAUCUGAGUCAUACACAAGGCUGGUCUAUAGGAUCGUCCCUCGCCCCACUCCUGUGCCUCGGUGGGUGACCUUCCAGGGGGAGGGAGGAAGCCAGCCCUAGUUUUGGCCCCAGGUUUUCUGGGGAGCUGCCCUGGCCAGCCGGAGCUGGGUGUUCCAGGCAGGACACAGCUGGUACCUGCUGCCCCUCUUCCCCCGGGCUUGUUCCGCAGUCGGUGAACCCCCUGCAUCCCGGUGCCCCCGCUGGCGGCACAGCCGGGCAGCAGAGCCACAGGCUCUGUAGGGAGCUGGGAAGUGCUCUCAGGGGAGGACACAAGAUGGAGAGCCCAGGAUGUAGGAGACCCGUGGCUGAGAUCUAGGGAGGCAAGGUGGGGUGGAAGAAGGAAGAUGCAGUGCUGGAUGUAGAAGUUGGAAAGAUGAGAUGGAGAAACUGGGAAAGCAUGAAGACAUGUGCUUGGA